ACAAAGCCUGAGUCGUAACAUCAGGCCACAACCCGAGCGUUCUACAAACACUUUCAUCCACGCCAUUACAGGAGCAUCUAGGGCAAGCAAGACGUGGCCAUGGCAGGAGGCGACGAGCUGAAGGUGCUGGGCGUGUGGACGAGCCCGUACGUGAUCAGGGUGCGGGUGGCGCUCAACCUCAAGUCGCUGCCGUACGAGUACGUGGAGGAGAACCUGGGCAGCAAGAGCGCGCUGCUGCUGGCCUCCAACCCGGUCCACAAGACCGUGCCGGUCCUUCUCCACGGCGGGCGCCCCGUGAACGAGUCCCAGGUGAUACUGCAGUACAUCGACGAAGUCUGGGCCGGCACCGGCGCCCCGUCCUUGCUCCCCGCCGACCCCCACGAGCGCGCCGCGGCCCGGUUCUGGGCAGCCUACGUCGACGACAAGAUCCGGGCGGCGUGGCAGGGGAUGCUGUUCACGUGCACGACGGAGGAGGAGCGGGCGGCGGCGGUGGCCCGCGCCGUGGCGGCGCUGGAGACGCUGGAGGGCGCGUUCGAGGAGUGCUCCAAGGGGAAGGCCUUCUUCGGCGGCGACGCAAUCGGGUUCGUGGACGUCGUUCUCGGCGGCUACCUCGGGUGGUUCCGGGCGGUCGACAAGAUGAUCGGGUGCCGGCUGAUCGACCCGGCGAGGACGCCGAUGCUGGCGAGGUGGGAGGAGCGGUUCCGCGCGGCGGAGGCGGCCCGGGGCGUGGUGCCGGACGACGCCGACAAGAUGCUCGAGUUCCUGCCCACUGUGCUCGGCUGGAUCAACGCCUCCAAAUCCAAGUGAACUGUGACAUCGUCCGUUCCGACAUUUGUGUGUGUGUCCGAGUCCGUCAAGUGUGUACGUGCUUAAUAACAACUGUACCACAUGUCAUUUGUGCUGUACGGAGGGAAAGUAAAGCUGAAUAAAUUUAAUGUUGGUGUGCUUUCUUUA